GUUAACUCUGCCACAAGUGGGAAAAAUAUGUUGAACUAAACAAGAGUUGGGGAGAGAAAGCUGGAUUUCCUGAGCACAUUCAAACUGCAUUAACGGGAUUAUUAUCUCUUUGGCGGCGAGAGGAGAAAUUAAAAAAUAUGUAGGAGCUGUGCGUAAAAAUCCACAAGAUUCCUGCGAGGGGUUGACCGUCGGAGGGAGGAUUGUGCCAAAGUGCGACUUGAGGAGCAGCUUAUUCAUGCAAAUUCAUAAAAUCAUAGGCGUGCCUUUGGGCGAUGGAGUCACAGCCGGAAAAGCAAACCCCCUCCUGGAUCAUCAGCGACCUUCAAAGACUGUGAUGCGCAGCGCUCGGACGCAUUGACAGUGGCACCGGGGACAAUGUUUUAAAAGCGCAGAGAAAGAGAAGAGAAAGUUAGGUCUCGUUUUCUACACGCUCCUAGACUGGCUGCACUUCUUCGUCAACACAACCACCAGCUCAGUUGCUGCGCCACUGGAUCUCCAGCCACAGACUUUUUGCGCAAACUGCUUCAACUAUCACUAUUUGCCUUGGGUUUUUUAAUUUCUUUUUAUUUUAUUUCUACAUGUUUACAGUCAAUUCGGACGACUUCAGAUACUAGGAGUCCUGAUGCGGAUGAAGUUGCUGCCACCCUACUUUAAACAAUCCACGCAGUAAAGAGAUCACUGAUUUGUUCCUAUUUUCAGAAGACUAUUUAAUUAUUUUUUUAUUUUAUUUAAAUCGCUGAGGACUUUUCACUCUUCACCAUGUCAGAAGACGACAGUAGCUCCACCACCAGCUACAUGUCUGACACCGAAGGCAGCAACGUUAGCGUCCUCAACUGGGAGCAAGUGCAGCGGCUGGACGCCAUCCUGACGGAGACCAUCCCGAUCCACGGCCGGGGGAACUUCCCCACUCUGGAGAUGCAGCCGCGGCAGAUCGUUAAAGUGGUGCGUAGUCGGAUGGAGGAGAAACAGAUCCACGUCCGGGACGUUCGGUUAAACGGCUCUGCAGCCAGCCACAUUCUGCACGGGGAUAGCGGACUGGGUUAUAAGGACCUUGACCUCAUAUUUUGCGCAGAUAUGAAAGGUGAAAGUGAUUUCCAGACUGUGAAGGACAUAGUUUUGGACUGUCUCCUGGAUUUUCUACCCGACUGUGUGAAUAAAGAGAAAAUAACCCCGUUAACGUUAAAGGAAGCCUAUGUGCAGAAGAUGGUGAAGGUGUGUAAUGACUCAGACCGCUGGAGUCUCAUCUCCCUCUCCAACAACCGAGGAAAGAAUGUGGAGCUGAAGUUUGUGGACUCUCUCCGGAGGCAGUUUGAGUUCAGCGUGGACUCCUUUCAGAUCAAAUUGGACUCCCUGCUGCUGUUCUACGAGUGCUCAGAGAACCCAAUGGCCGAGACCUUCCACCCCACCAUCAUGGGCGAGAGUGUGUAUGGGGACUUCAGCGAGGCCCUGGACCACCUACGUCACAAGAUCAUCUGCACCCGGAACCCGGAGGAGAUCCGAGGCGGGGGACUGCUGAAGUACUGUCACCUGCUGGUGAGGGGUUUCCGGGCCGCCUCCGAGUCAGAGAUGAAGUCCCUGCAGCGCUACAUGUGCUCACGCUUCUUCAUUGACUUCCCUGACAUCGGCGAGCAGCAGCGCAAGCUGGAGUCCUACCUUCAAAACCACUUUGUGGGCCUGGAGGACCGCAAGUAUGACUACCUGAUGACCCUCCACGGAGUGGUCAACGAGAGUACAGUGUGCCUGAUGGGUCACGAGAGGCGGCAGACCUUAGGGCUCAUAGCCAUGCUGGCGGUGCGCGUGCUUGCAGAGCAGAAUGUCAUCCCCAAUGUGGCUAAUGUUACAUGUUACUACCAACCUGCUCCUUAUGUGGCAGAUGGCAACUUCAGUAACUACUACAUAGCACAGGUUCAGCCGGUGUUUGCUUGCCAGCAGCCUGCAUACUCCACCUGGCUGCCGUGUAACUGAGUCAGCCCCGAGGAAAAGGUGGAGGGAGAGAGUCUGAUUUGUUUAAACAGGAGUGAGCAGCAUAGUCGCCGCCUCAAACCUGCCCAGUGUUUGACAGCUGACAGAAAAAAGGAGUCUUCUUUUUAAUGUUUUGCAUCAAAGCUUGUGUUUUUGUUCAUACGUUAAGUAUGAGCAGUUGGCUUUCACUUCAAGUACGUAUCUCAAUGUGAAUAUCUCACAUUUCUUGAAACGCCAACAUCAUUCUGAUCCUGCCCAGGCCAGCCAGGUUUGGAAAAGACUAAUUUGGGUAGCUUGGAAUUAAAGGCUAAAUGCAAAAGUGCGAUGGCCUUGAAUGCAAGCAGCAGAACUGUCAUCAAAACUGCACAAGACUGAUUGAAUCUGUCAAGAACUGAUUAGCCAGCACGUUCCGGCAGCAGACCAAACGGCUGCAUCAGUGCCCUGAAGUUGACAGCUACUCCACACACACACUUACACACUCGAGGUGAAAUCAGAGGUGUGUGUGCAGGGCUCCAAAACGAGCACCCUGGACUCUGCUUUACGUCAGCUCAACUGAGGUGAGAUGAAACUAGUUUGGGUAUCAAACUGGCAUCUCCGCCUUGCAUUUGGAUAUAAUUAUGGUUGUUUACAGACCAAAGAUUUUUUUGAUUGUUUCUAACAUUAAAACCCGAUUUUGAUGGGGGAAAACAAACAAAAUAUGAAGCUAUGUCUAUUUGUAUAUGUGAACAUCUGUGUGUUUUAAGUGCCUAUAAAAGAAUGAGCAGGCCAUAUGAUUUUUGUGAAUUAGCCCCACUCUUGUUUAUAGUCAGGCACACAAGACAAUAGCACCCCAGAGGCUUGUGAAUGUAUAAGUGAAAUCAUGCAGUCAGUGUUUGCGUAUGUUUGGAUGAAAAAGAGCACCGUGUGUUAGUGUGGAUUUUGCAGUAAAGUAGCAGUCACUUGUGCAAUUGUUGCAAGAUUCACAUUUUUCACGCAGAUAUUUGGACAUUUUUAUCCAAACAUGCUGUAUUGCAUGUCCCAAAUUAACAAAGGCGAUGUGCAUUUGUUAUGAGAACGGAUGACAAGCAUUUCAGAUCAUCAGCAACACAGAAAUGUUCACUCACACAAAAUUUCCUGUAUAUUUUGUACAGUGGUGCUUCUCUUUUUCUCAUCCGAGAAAAAAAACAAGUUCACACAAGAAGUAGUUAGGAGACUGAGGGAGAGGAAAGACUGCAUUCAGAGAGCUGGUGUCUGUUCCCUACGCUUCCUCCUACAGUAGAAGGAUAUUUGCAGAGACACCUCAGAUGAUGAGACACUAUUUGCUGUAGCACCCUGGCAGGGAAUUCCUCAGCUGCUGCUGAAGAGCUUGAACUUAGCUGGGGUUGGGUCUGCAGACGCUCUGUUCAGGGUUCAGAAAAUGUUGUGCCAAACAUUUUUUUGGUCCCACUUAUAGCCCCUGAAGUUUAAUAGAGCCAUAUGUUGACGUAGAGAAAGUUGCUGUGUUGAUAUAGAAGACGGGUAAACAGACAGGAGAGGGAGAAAAAGGGAGAGAAAGGAAAACGUUAAAAGGCAGGAGGGAGAGUGAGUCGGUCUGGAGAGAUGGGUGCAGCUGGUGAUGGGGUUUAUCUCUCCGGGGCUACCAUGCUUUACUGUACAAACUGUCUCUGUUGAGGUCAGACUACAACUUCACGGACAGUGCUGCAGCUCUCCCCUUUUUUCAGGGAGACCAAAACUUUCUGUUAUCAGCAUUUGCUCUCUGUUUUAAUCAUGUGAUUGUUGUUAUAAAACGAGUGAAAGAAAACUGCAUUCAAACCAGCUUCAGGAGACUUUAAGUUGCAACCUGUGUUUCAUCUGUGAGGUUGCUUUAAUGACGCUUAUUCUUGUUUUUUAAGCUUCAUUUCACACCAUUUUAAAGAACUGUGUACAUAUAUGAUUACAUGCUUCAGCUUUGCCAACUCACUUACUCCUUGCAAACUAUCCUGCAGCCUUUACUGAUGGCAGAUAGAGAAAAUAAAUGGUAAUUACAAGCAUAAAAAAUGGUAGUUUAGGCCCAGAAGACCAGCAUCAACUCAAUACUGAGUUGAAAAGAGAAGUUCUCUUGCUGAAAAAUCAUUUCUUUCUCAUCUUCUGAUUCUGAUAAUCCAUAACUGCUCUGUUCAGCUGUUUCAUGUUCUCAGCGACUGUCCACGUCAAUGAUAUCCUUUGGAUUGUGCAGGCAAUGUAUUGUCAUUUUAUACUCAGUGAAGUCCAGCUGACUAGCUAGCUAGCUCCAGUCUGCCUGUCAGUUAGUGAUCGUGCCUGUCAGUUAGAGAUCGUGGGUUACUGCAUUGUCUUGUAUGCGUCGUCUCAAAUAUCUGUUUCUGUCCAUGCAGUCUUUUGCAAAUCACACUUUGAAAAAGACAGAAAAAAAGAUCUUUGUCUUGUAUGUAUAUUUUUUAUGAUUGUUAUUUUUAUAAAUGUAUCAGACACUGCGGGUGUUGCAGUGCUUUUGAAUCUGUGAUUGGGCUUCAAAGGAUAUGUUCUCAAUAGCUUUUUUGCUAUAUUAUGUUAUGUGUCCAAUGGGUCAAAAGGUU